GUUUCCCUCUACCUCGCAAACUCAGCCACGUGCGAGCUGGAUGUGCUGCUGUCCGGCAAGUACGAGCCGUACGCAGGUGGCGGGCCCCCGACCAGUACAACACAUGGCCGAGACUGUUUGGACUGUGUGGCCUUAUUUGACCCAGCAACUGGCACCUUCCGACUGGAGACCCUUCUAGGGCAAUACAACACCAAGCACGCCCGGGACGCCACCCCUUACCGGCCCCCCCCGGAGGACCUCACGGAGCUCUCCCCGGGGACAUCGGGAUCCGGGGCCCCCCCUGGACCGUCCAUGUCGCCGCCGGCGGCACAGGCGGCGGCGCAUCGCCGGAGCGACUCCCCGCGGGGCUCAGACGACGGCGCGCAGCCCUCCAGCCAGCUGCUGCAGCAAUCGCACGGGGGGCAACAACACGACCGGUACGGCGCCGCCGCCGCCGCGCGCAACAGCAAGCCACCGAGGCCGCCAAGCGCCAGCGCGGCCGCUCGCGCAGGCGGUGCCGGAGGAGGAGGCGCCCAGGCUAAGAAGCGCCAGCGGGACUCCUCAGCGGGGUCGGGGGGCACCGGGGGCGGUGCGGCAGGGUCCCCUGCGGGUACCGCGGGGAGGAAGUCAAGCCGGUUGGCGCGGGCCUCAGGACCUAGGGCGCAGGCGAAGCGCGGCGGCGGUAAGGCUGGGGCGGCUGGGAAGCAGGAGCCGCUUAAAGGGGACCCUGGGCCAGCGGCAGCUGCAGCGGUGGCGGCGACAGCGGCGGCGGUGGUUGGGAAUGGUCCCGGUGGCGACGGUCUGGAGGACGACGUGGAUGCGGAGCUUCUGGAUGCGUUUGAGACGUUUGAUGUGGACCUGGAUGAGGGGCUCGGAGGCCCCGCGGGGGCUGAUGGGCCGGCGGUGCAUCAUGUUGGCGGGGAACAUGGGGCCGGAGGGAUGGGCGACGGAGGCGAUGGAGCCACGGUCGCGGCGGCAGCAGCUACACCCACCCUCCCUGAGACCGUGGCCGCGACGGAGGAGCCGCCGGCCGCCGUUGCGCAUCAUCCUCGGUUGUACGACAGUGGUGCCACAGCGACCAAGGGGGGAGCGGCUGGCCAGCUGCCGGCGCCGCCUCCGUUGCCGGUCGAGAAUGCUACUGCGCGUACCCCGGCCUUAGAGGUGGUCGGCCAUGAGGAGGCGGAGGAGGUGAUGGAGGAGGAGGAGCAAGAAGAACAGCAUCAGCAGCUGCUCCUGUCACAGGAGCAGCAGGCGGUGCCCCCUUCGCCGCCUCGAGCCCGGCUGGUCGUUGACAUGUUGGAUGAGGAUGAUGGGUUCGGGUUCGGGGAGAAUUCGGAAGUAGGACAGGAAAAGGUCUCGGAGCUUGAGAAUGGCUGUCGCAAGCUCCGAGGCCGGGUCACGAACCUGGUGGGACACUACCGCCGGUACCGCGACGCUCUGGUGGAUCUGUGUAAGGCCCAGACUUCCUUCGUGGGGGGGUUGGCGGAGUUCUUCAGUGGACCGGAUGGCGAGGAGCUGUCAGGGGGCGUGGCGGUGAACAAGUACAUCAGCACGCUUGGCGAGUCAACGUCGUACUUUGACUUACUCAAAAUCCAGAUUGAGUUCGCUGGCGACCAGCUCUCCUCCGAGUGGUUGGACGAGCUGCUGGCGGCCGCCCGGGACUCCCACCGUGCCUAUGAGCGGAGCACCUCGGAGCUGGAGGACACAGCGGGCAGGUGCCUGGCACUGAAAAAGGGCACCAAGCGGGAGGUGUUGGACCGGGCGUCUGCGGAGCUUGCCGCCGCCCGGCUGGUGGCUGAGGAGGCGCGAUUCGAUGUUGCCCGGCGGCUGGCGACAGUGGAGUCGCGGCGGCGGUACAGCUUCCUGCAGCUGCUGCUGGACAGUGUGGGUGCGCACCACGCGGCGCUGAGGAGCGGCAGUGAGAUGCUGGGCCGGCUGACCCCGCUGGGGGACACGGCCCGGGGGGUGGUGGCGGAGGCGCGUGCGGAGGCGACGGAGGUGCAGGUUCAGUUGUCCCGUGAGGCGGCUCGCUGCAAGGCCAUCAGCGAGCAGGCCGCAGCCCUGGCGGCCGCCUCGCUGUCAUCCGGGGACGAGUCGGGACACGGGCCCGUCCAGAUGACGGCCGCCAAGUCGAGCGCUGCACUGGCUGCGGAGGCGGCUCUGAGGGCCACACGGGCAGCACAGGCCGCGGGGGAUCCCAACCCGCAGGUUACGGUUCUACGGCAGGGCUACCUGUUGAAACGCAGUGGUGGUUCCUCCGCCAGUGGUGGGGGUGGCAGCAAGGUGGUGUCCGGGGAGUGGAAGAGGCGCUUCUUUGUGCUGGACAGCACCGGACAGCUCUACUACUACAGCCAGAAGGAUAGCCUGAUCAACAAAAUCCGGGGCAUCGAGUCCCACCAGCCCGCCACCACAUGCGUCAACCUGCUGACCAGCACCAUCAAGAUGGACGACGAGGCGGAGCCGGGACUCAGGUUCUGUUUCAGGGUUGUCAGCCCCACCGGCACUCUGGCGCUACAGGCAGAGUCGGAGCCCGACCGAGCCGCCUGGGUGGCCAUGUUGCAGGUGACCAUUAGUGCGCUGCUGGACUGCGUAGCGGCGGGAAUUACCACUACCACCACCACCACCACCACCACGACAGCGACACUACCGCCAUCAGCAGCGGCGGCGGCAGGAGGUGGUGGCAGCGCCGCUCCGGCCGCGGCAGCUGGGGCUCCUGCUCGGCCCAAUAUGGGAACCGCUUCGCCGUGCGGGUUGCCGCCCGGGGCCCUGGCGGCGGCGGCUUCAGCAGGGGCGGCUGGUUUGUCAAGUCAGGGCUCCGGGGGGUGGGAAGACCUGCGGGGCCCGAGCAACACCGCCAACGGUAGCGGAGGCGGGGGCGGGGGCGGUGCUGUUAUAGCGGGCUCACCCGCUCCGGCCGCCGGGGGGUUGGUGGGGGGAGGAGCGGGAGCGGCGGACGUGGGCAUCGUGGAGACACCGCUGACGCGACUAAGGCGUGUGCCGGGUAACUCCCAGUGCUGCGACUGCGGCGCCCCCGAGCCGGAUUGGGCCUCACUGAACCUGGGCUGUCUGCUGUGCAUCGAGUGCUCCGGUGUGCAUCGGCAACUGGGUGUGCACGUGUCCAAGGUCCGCUCCCUCACUCUGGAUGUUCGUGUGUGGGAGCCCACCAUCCUGGAGCUCUUCUCAAGGUUGGGCAACACGGCAGUGAAUGCCGUAUGGGAGGCCCGCCUCACACAGCUACAGGCACAACAACAACAGCAGCAGAGGCGUCCGGGGGCCUCGUCGGGGAGUCCCGGUGGGGUGGUGGGUGGCGGUGGUGGCGGUCGGACGGGUGUGGAUGACACUUGGGUUUGGUGCGAGGAAGACGAGGAGGAGGAGGGCCAUGGUGCGGACCUGGCCACCAGUCUGGCUCGUAAGGCCCUGGCCGCGUCAUCUACCGCCGCCCAUGCAUCCGCAUCCGGCUCCGCCAUGUGGGGCCGGAGCAGCGGUGGCGGUGCGGGCAGUGGUGAGGCCUGGUUGCUGGCCAAACCCCACCUUCGCGCCCCGCUGGCGGAGAAGCAGCGCUACAUCCAGGCCAAGUACGUCGGCCGGGUGUACGUGGCUCCCCCUCCGCCGCACGUGCUGUCCGGCCCCGGGGGUGCCCCCCAGCAGCUGGGACUCAUGUUGUGGCAUGCAGUGGAGGCAGCGGAUCCCCAGGCGGCCCUGCAGGCCCUGGCGUGGGGCGCGGACCCCGCGGUGCACGGGUGUUUGUUGCUGGUGGAGCUGCUGCUCCAGAGCGGUGCCCCGGUGGAUGCGGUGGACGGUGCGGGUGGGGGCCACACAGCGCUGCAUUACUCGCUGCUGGCGGACAGGUACGACGCUGCCAAGCUGCUUCUCCGCCGGGGCGCGUCGCUGACUGUUUGUGACGCUGCCGGUCGGCGGGCUUGGGACCUCGUGGUCGCGGUGAAGGGGCGAGUGGCGGAUGAGGAGCUGUUCUUGCUGCUCAGUGGCGGGGUACAGGAGGCGCCUGCAGCGGCUGCUGGUGGGGUUGGUGGUGGAGUCAGCGGCGGG